UUGACAUGAUUUUUCAAAAUAGAAAUUAAUUUAAAAAUUGAUUUAAAAAAAUUCUGGCAAUGGCUGAUAUUUACAAGCUUUCUAUUGGCUAUUUCUGUUAGAUAUUUAUUAAUGUCGUUUUGUUGUAAAUUUUUUUUAUAUAAAAAAAGUGUAUGUGUGUGUGUGAGCGCCAUUAUUCCGGUGUUGAUGCUUGUAUAAAAAUUUCGAUUUGUAUUCGUUGAUGACUUGCAACCAUGGCUCGAGGAAGUAGUGCAGGUUUUGACAGGCAUAUUACAAUUUUUUCUCCUGAAGGAAGAUUAUAUCAAGUUGAAUAUGCAUUCAAGGCAAUUAACCAAGGUGGUCUUACAUCAGUUGCUGUUAAAGGAGUCGACACAGCAGUUUUUGCAACACAAAAAAAAGUUCCUGACAAGCUUCUUGAUCCACAAAGUGUAACACAUGUUUUUCAACUUACUGAAGAUAUUGGCUGUGUUAUGACUGGAAUGAUUGCUGAUAGUAAGAGUCAAGUUCAAAGAGCUCGUUAUGAAGCUGCAAAUUUCAAGUAUAAAUUUGGCUAUGAAAUACCAGUUGAUACACUUUGUCGUAGAGUUGCUGAUAUAAGUCAAGUUUAUACACAAAAUGCUGAAAUGAGACCACUUGGUUGUUCAAUGAUUCUCAUUGCUUAUGAUAAAGAAAAAGGACCAUCAAUUUAUAAAGCAGAUCCAGCUGGUUAUUUUUGUGGUUAUCGUGCUAUUUCAGUUGGUGCAAGACAAACUGAGGGUAAUUCUUAUCUUGAAAAAAAACUCAAGAAAAAACAAAAUUUCAAUCAUGAUGAAACUGUUCAAUUGGCUAUAACUUGUUUGUCAACAAUUCUCUCGGUUGAUUUUAAACCAUCUGAAAUUGAGGUCGGAAUUGUUUCCAAGGAUAAUCCUAAAUUUCGUAUUAUGGGAGAACAAGAAAUUGAUAAGCAUUUAACUGCAAUUGCUGAAAAAGAUUAAACUUAAAAUUAAUUUAUACAACCAAAUUUUGAAAUGAAAAUUAUACUUUUUUCCUUCUUUUUCUAUUUGUUUCAAAAUAAUUCUUAUAUAUGGAUAAUUAAGGGUUGUAUUUAAAAUAAAAAAUAAACAUUUCUCACUUA